CAAAUCUUUAUUGUUAAUUGUUAUGAAUUUAUGAAAUUCGUAAGAAAAAAUCACAUUUUAUAAUUAAGUUCUCAAGUGGUAAUUAAUAUUUAAACAUAUAAGGAUUAACGCCAACCUAAAAUGAAUGCUCCUCCGACGUUUGAAUCGUUUUUGUUGUAUGAUGGUGAGAAAAAGUAAGGAACAUAAUAUUAUUUUCAGUAUUUAAACAUAUCUCGAAUAAAACAAUAUGGUUUUUAUAAAUAUUUUAGAAUUGUCAAAGAAGUCGAUACAAAAGUAACCAAUGCAGCAAUAUUCACUGUUAACAAAGAAGAUCACACUUUGGGAAACAUGAUCAGGAAGUAAGUGAAUUUAAAUGAGUAGUAAACAAUUAUUGUUAUAUUUAAAAUCAUAACAAAUUUGUAACAUAACAAAUUAUUUUGUUAAAUUUAGCCAACUUCUUAAAGACCCCAAUGUACUUUUUGCCGGAUACAAACAACCGCAUCCCUUGGAACACAAAUUUGAACUUCGCAUUCAAACCACAUCUGAUUAUACGCCACAAGAUGCAUUGACCAAUUCUAUAACUGAUCUAUUAGCUGAACUCUCUUUAUUCGAAGAACGGUUUAAGGUAUUAUUUGCAUACAUUGAAUCUUUUAAAUGUUGUAUUAUUUUUGAGUAAUCAAUCAGGUAUUCAAAUAUUCAAAGUUAUUUGUAUUAAAUACAGUCAUAUUAAUUAUAUACAUACUUGAGAGUUUAUAAUAUAUUGUAUUAUGAACAAUUUGGAAGUAAUGUAGAAAAGCAUACUUGUAUUGUAACUGUAUUUUGUCUAACCAUUUUUUAGUUAUUUAUUUUUGUUAUCAAAAAUUUCACUAAAAAAAUAAUUUAAUUUUGCAAUUUUGGUAAUUUAAAGAAUUUGAAAAAUUAGUAGAUUCUAUAAGUUAUUCUAGACUUAUUUCUUGGAUGGAAUAAGAUGAAUUUUGGCAUCCUGCCUUCCCAGUCUGCCCAGUUCUUCCCAAGUCAUGCUAUUGAGGUAAAAAAAAAAUAUCAAAAACACCCCCUAUAUUUUCCCUUUUAUCCUUUACCUUAUCAACGUUCUGCAGUCAGAAUUUUCUACAAAAAUAUGUGUGAUUUUAAGAAUUUGUGAUUUCCUUUAUAUUAUAUAGAUAACAGUCUAGGAUUUUGUAUAUUUCCUAGAGAAAUAUUGAUUUUUAGUUUUAAAUUCAAUUAUAUAAUUUAUCUACAGGGUAAUUUUUUUUAUCAAAUAACACUCAUUAUUUCAAAAGUAUUGAUUUUUUUCAACAUUUUUUUUUGAAAACUCAAAAAAUAAAGUUUUAAAUGUUAUAAUAUCAUUUUUUUUUUUGUACCCCUUAUUUUUGUGGGUGAAAUGACUGCCUAUUUUUAAUUUUCAAAUAGCAACCUAUAUUGAAAAUGGCUUAAAUAGAUAAUGUAUUAUUUAAAAUAAAAUUUGGAUGUUGAAAUUUUUGAUUUUCGAUAACUCGUUUAUAAGAUAUUUCACUUAUAAGUUUGGAUCGGGAGAGAGUAGUGAAACAUCAUAUGUGUGACGGUACAGUACGCGGCGUUAUAAUAAUGGCAUUUUUAUUAUAGGUUGCCAUUUGAAAAUCGAAAGUUUAUGAGUUAUAUCAGUUUAAAGUAUAGACCGGAGAAAUAGGAAAGAGUUAUAGAUUUAAAAUGGUUUUAAAAUAAAGCUUCAAUGUUUUCAUUAUGUUUAGAAAAAAAAAAAAUCAAAUUAACUUAAAAACCUCCGAGAUAAUUGCUAGUUCAUGAUAAAUUACCCUGUAUAUAAAAAAAUGUAAAAUUACUCUAGAAAAGACCAAUUUAAGAUUUCUGAACAAAUUUGAAGUCUACAAAUAUUUUUAACUCAAUUGCAAAAAAAUUAAAAAUAAUAAAAUCGUUAUUUCCGUAAACUUUCAUGUUUUUUUCAAAUUUUUUUUGGGAUUUUGCUCAGUUGUUAAGAAAACUAAUUGGAAAAUUAAAAACCCACUAACUUGCUAAAUAUUUUAAUCCAAAAUUCAACAAAAAUGGUUUCUUUUCAUUUUAGAUUAUAUCAAAUUUUCUGGUUGAAAAGUCGUUCAGCAUAUAAGUUUCUUGCUAUGCCUAGAAUCUAAUAUUAGAAAUCAAAUUUUGUUAAAUAGUUUGAGAAUUUACUGGUAUUAAAAUGCAUUGUUGUAUGUAGAUAUUGUUACCUAAAAGUAAAUGAUAAUAUUUUUUAUAAUUUUGUUUUCCAGGAAGCUUUGAGGGAAAAGAAAGAAGGCCUCGACUAACAAGUGUUUAUUAAAAUAAGAGUAAUUAAGGUAAAGGCAAAUUGUAAUAUUAAUAAUAAUUACUUGUAUUAAAACAUGUUAAAUUUUAGUAUUUACAUAAUUAAAUAAUUUCUUUACGUAUGUUUUGAUAAUAUUUGUUUUUGUAUAUUCUACACAUAUAAGUGUAUAAAAGUUAUAAAUUAAUUAAUAAGUCUCUUAUUUAAAACAUAUGAGUACUAUACAAUUAUAUAAUAGCAUUGGAGGUUGAUAAUUGUUAAAAAAGGAUUUUUAUAUACUGAAAAUUAAUUAAUUUUAAUAAUAAAGCACAUUUGUAAACACUAUUGGAAUAAAAUUAUUACAUUUUAUUGUAUUUGAAAGCAGUCUUAAAAUUAAUAAUUAUAAUUUAAAAAUAAAACUAAAUUUUAUUAUUUUUUGGAACUGUAUUGUAUUGAAAUUGUAUAAGAAUACAUUGGAAUACACUUAAUGCGGACAAAUUGGAACCAGAUACUUUUUCCCAUAUUAAUUGGUUGCCUAUUUGAACUGAAAUGAGUAAUGUUUUGUACAUUAGAUUUAGGAUUAGACCAUUAUGCCCGCAUUAGGUAGUUGCUCACAUUAACCUGUGGUCACAUUAAGCGGAAUCCACCGUAUAUAAAAUAGAUAUUUAAUGACUCAAUUUAGAUGAACAAUUUAUAAAAAUUGAUCAUAUAAUAUGUCAUUAAUAAAUGAUAAAAUAAUAUUUUAAACUCAAGAAACUACCAAAUAAUUAUAUAAUGAAAAUUCCAUACCUAAGAAUAUAUUUUUAAGUUUUUAAUUUGAAUACUAUGAGUCCUACAUAAUUGUACGUUCCCUAAAAAAAUCUUAAGAAUAUAAUUUUUUAAUUCUCAUGAAUUAUUUUAAUAAUUUAUUAUAAUUUAUACGUGUCUUAAAAAUUUGUCUAGUAACUUUUAAAUUGUACAUCAAAUUUUAAACACGACCAAUGUAUGUUAUAUUCGAUUAACUGACC